UUGAACAGAAUAGGCUCUAUUACCAAUUGUAGGGGUGCGGAUAACUUAGUAAAAUAGAUCCAUGCUAAAUCAGCUUGUAAAAUAUGAAUGUCAUAUUGUUCUUUUCCUGUCUUCAAAGCAGCCACAUCUAAAACCUUCUGUAGUGUAGACUCUGAUGAACAUUGUUUUUAUUUCUCGAACCAAGUUCUAUGUUGAUUGAUUAGGAUGCUUUUUUCCACAGAAUGUGGAGAGAAAUCAGACUGCUGGCAGAAUCUAAACCUGUUAUUGCAUCUAUGGCUGAUGUGGCAGCCAGUGGAGGAUAUUAUAUGGCAAUGGCUGCACAAGCUAUUGUGGCAGAGAACCUCACAUUGACAGGCUCAAUAGGUGUCGUGACGGGAAAAUUCAACUUGGGAAAUUUAUAUGAAAAAAAUGGCUUCAAUAAGGAGACAAUAUCAAGGGGAAGAUAUGCAGAGCUUACCGCAGCUGAACAGCGACCAUUCCGGUGA